AUGGCAGACAUUUUAAUGCACAAACUUGACAGAACUAAAGUUUUUCCACCUUAUUAUAAUAAACCUGAAGAUUUGAUCAAUCCGUCAAAACAAAAAACUUCAGGAAUACCUCGUCCUCCAAAUGGUUUCUUGCUUUGUAGGAAGAAUGUACAUAAACAGGCAAAGCAACGUGGAAUACAUAACAUGAGAGUUAUAAGCAAAGUCACAGGAAUGUUAUGGAGAAGCGCUUCACCACAAGAAAAGGAACUUUACGAACGUUUGGCUCUUGACGUUCAAAAUUUACAUUCACAACGAUACCCGGGAUACAAAUACAAACCAACAUCCCGGGCAAAACCGCCUACAACUUGUAAUCUUAAUCAUGAAUAUUAUCAACCUUACAUGAUUCCGCCACAAAUUCUUGUUGUGCCAACUACACAACUUCAACAAACACCUCUAAAUAUGACUACUUAUCCAAUGACUGAUUCACUUCUUCAAUUUACACAAGAAGAUAUCGAUUUGCUUAAUUGGUAUUGGAGUUCCUAA